AUGGCAAGUCAGACUCAGACAGGAGCAGACCGCUCUGCCGCUGCACUUGGCUUGGGCUACAAGCAGUGGACUCGCAAAGAUCUAGCCGUUAUUCUCAGCCACUACGGCGGACCUUUCGGAGAAAGAGAUAGCAACAAUGUGUUGAUAGGCUUGUUGAAUGAGCUCGCUGCGCAGCGUGGAUUGACACGUGAAGAUCGCUUGACCAUCAUCAACGCUCAUAAAGCCGGCACCAGUGAUGGUAGCGACGACGAAAUGUCUGAGGACGAGCUUGCGGAAGAAUUGCCAUCCCUGUCUGAGGAAGAGCGGGAUCUGCCGGAAUACACUGCUACAAUGAGUAUGCCAAACAGCACUGGACAACGUCGGACUCGUGGGCUACGUUUAACCGCAUCUGAGGUUGCCAACCGCCCACUGCUUGUGAACCGCCCUGUGGUGGGAAAUCGACCGGCCACUGUCAACAGCAGAGCUCCAAUUCGUCGCUCAAAUCCAGCAUCUGCCAAUCGCCAAAGAUCUACGACUCAUCCGGAAUUGAACCACCGUGCUCGUCCACGAGCUACCAGAGCAGCCACAACCAUUCCACCGAGAAGCGGGCCAGCAACCCCACGAGCCAUAAAGGCUUUAAACCAUGAGUGUCUCAUAUGCUACGAUUCAUUCGACCCAGUCAAGACUCUUAUACGCCAGCCUACUUUAUCUUGUGUGCAUGAGGUGAACAUUUGCAGACCAUGCCUGGCUGCUUCGAUCUCUUCGCAACUGGAGACCAAAUUGUGGACCCACGUCGGCUGCCCUACCCCGGCUUGUGAAGAGCUUCUUGAAUAUGGUGAUGUCCAGAAGUUUGCAGAGCCUCACAUAUUUUCAAGGUGA